AUGCAGGGGAUGUACAAGCUGGGGGAUCGAUGUGAGGGGUUGGUAAUGCAAGUAUCCAGAUUGGAGUAGCAAUGAACGAACAUUACUGCUGAUCUUUCAGCUCCUAAACCGAGUAGAUUCGGAUCCGGAUGAGGCCGGAAAAUGGGAAUAAGAUAAGAUCACGUCACGCUAUGCAAUGUUAUGCAAGGCAGGGAUCGUACCAACAUUGUUCUUUGGACAAACACAGCUCAGCUCUUUAGGAUGAAGGUAGCUUAUCGGUCGAGCUAUCCAAGCUAUUUUCCAAUAGGCAGCCUCAUCCUUGGGCGAGUGAGGUUAUGUUGCGCUGCCGAUAUCCCCUCAUGCCAUUGCAAAGAGCUCCUCCACUCAACAUCAUUUAGCUACGGUCGGAUCAGCUCGUAGUCUGUCGUAGUUUCGCCUCCCAAGACUCAUAUAGUGCUGUCGGUGAACAUGUCGGAAGCACAGGCAGAUGUGGCUUGGUCCGAUCUUCCUAACAAAGGUCAGUUGGCAAUCAUUUGUCUCGCCCGGUUCUCUCAGCCCGUAGUACGAACCUCAAUCUCGACCUACGUAUUCUAUCAGUUGCAAGCACUCGACCCCUCUAAGCCAUCCGACGCCAUCGUCCGCGAUGCCGCCCUGCUCCAGACUGUGUUCACACUUGCUCAAGGCUUUACAGCCGUGCUAUGGGGUCACUUGGCCGACUCCCCGAGAGGAGGCAGGAAGAUGGUGUUAUUAGUAGGAUUGGGCGGGUCGUUCCUAAGCACGCUGGCUUUCGGCUUCAUCACCGAUUUCCGCCAGGCCGUGGUCAUACGGCUGAUAGAAGGUGCGGUGAAUGGCAACACCGCCAUGAUCAGGACAAUGGUGUCCGAGGUCGUCAAAGAGCGCCGUUAUCAAGCCAAGGCAUUUAUCCUCAUGCCAAUAUGUUAUAAUGUUGCAGCCAUUACCAGCCCAGUUGUCGCUGGACUGCUAGCCAACUACGCUAGCAGCAGCGACCUUCCCUUCUUCCGCCUAUUUCCCUAUUCGCUACCCGCCAUUGCUAGUGCGUCUGUCGCGCUCAUAGCAUUCCUGUUCGUCUUUUUCAAACUCAAGGAAACGCAUGAAGAAGCGCGCCAUAAGUACGAUCCAGGUCUCCAUAUCUCAGCCAAAGUGGCCGCCUUGUUUUCAAGGGGCUCAAAGAAGCAACCCUACUCGGUUGUUACCCAACAAGAUGUAGAUGAAGAAAGUAUUCAGUUCGUGAGUGAAGACGUCGAAAUGAAUGACCUAGACAGCCCGAAGGAGGUUAAGAAAGAGGUGCUUCCACUAAGGCGGAUUUUCACGAGGAACCUGUGCUUCACUCUAAUUGCAUAUGGAAUUAUGGAAGGGCAUGUUUCCGUCUAUAACACCCUUUGGCCCAGUUUUCUCAGUGACCCAGUAGCAGCACCAGAGGACGCCCACGUACGUCUUCCUUUCAGGUUCGUCGGUGGCCUGGGCAUGCCGGUGAACAAGGUUGCCAUCUCGCUAGCUUUUGCUGGCAUUCUAGGUAUCCCGUUGCAGUUCUUCGGCUACACCCGAGUAGUGAAGAGAUUGGGGAUGUUGAAGACUUGGCGCUUGUUCCUGAGAGGGUUUCCGUUGGUUUAUUUCAUUAUCCCAUACCUUUCAGUAGUGCCGUCAAGCACACCUCGACCUGAACCUCGUGACGGCCCCUAUGUUUGGUUAGCUAUAUUGUUUGCCCAGGCUGUGAUGAUGUUCAGCGCAUCAUUUGCAGUUCCAUCCCAGAUCGUACUAACUAACAACGCCUCGCCGCAUCCGUCGGCUCUGGGAAGGACGCAUAGCACAGCUGAGAUGGUGAACAGUUUCACUCGUACCGUCAGCCCCCUUGCGGCCGGCUUGUUCUACUCGUAUGGAUCUGCACAUGGGAUCGUUGGUCUCCCUUGGUGGAUUAUGAGCGGAGUUACUAUAUUUGCGUGUAUCAUGAGUUUAUGGGUAUUCGAGGGCAAUGGGCAUGAGAUCAAACUUGACACUGACGAGAGUGAUGAAGAAUAACAUAACAGCAUACAGCUUAUUCCAUUUCCUGAUGAUAGCAGGAUUGGUCACUGUUAUCGGAAACACCAUGUAUAGAAAGGGA